AUGAGGGAAGUUAAUAUUAGAAUAUUUGAAUUAAAAAGAAAAGAGAUGUAAAAAUAUCCAAGUUUGAAUGUAAAUUAGGAAUUUGAUAGAAGUAUAACAAUCUCAAAUUUGAAAUUGAGUCAUUUAGAAUAUAAAAAUGUAGAAGGAAAGGUAUUAUGUUUUAAAUGAAAAUAGAAUUUGUUUGAGAGAGUAAAGGGAUUUUAGAAUUUAGUAGGAUCUUUAAGGAAAUAGAAAAUAAUUCUUUAUGAGAGAAGAAAUAUGUCUCCACCAGCUCAAGAAUGUUAUGGUAAAAAUAAUAUUGAUGAGAAUAGGAAUGGAUGAUUAUGGAGAUAUAUUUUAUGGUAUAAAUUUUGCAUCAGCAGAUUACUUAGGAUUAUGUACAAAUGAAUAAGCAAAAGUAUUAGAUUUAAAAAUAAUUUAAGGAAGCAGCCAUAAAUGCUGCAAAAGAAUAUUCAGUAAAUUCAUGUGGAGCACCUUUAGCAUUUGGUGCAUCAAAAUAUUAUAUGCAGUUAAAAGAAGAGUUAAAAGAUUAUUGGGGAAUGAAAGAGGUCAUUCUUUAUAGUGCAGGAUGGUUGGCAGGAUUUGGAGUAAUAAAAGGAUUAAUAAGGUAAAAAUGAAGAUAAUUAAAAAAGACCUUAUGAUUAUGUAGUGAUGGAUGAAUUAUGUCAUAAUUGUUUAACAGAAGGAGCAUUUGCAGCUACAAAAAAUGUUUUAAGAGUUCCUCAUUUAAGUUUAGAAGCCAUGGAAAAUAAAGUAUCAGAAAUUAGAUAAACAAAUCCCAAUGCUUGUAUUUUAGUAGUUACAGAAGGUUUGUUUAGUAUGGAUAGUGAUUAUACUGAUUUGGUUGCUUUAUAAAAAAUGACUUUGAAAUAUGAGGCAUUCUUAUUAAUUGAUUGUGCUCAUGAUUUUGGAUGUAUGGGAAAAACAGGUAUUCUAAUAAAUAUAUUCAAAUAGGCAAGGGAGUCUUUGAAUUAUAAGGUUUAUAAGAUUUCUCUAAUGUUUUGUUAAUGUCUGGAGGAUCUAAAUGUUUAUCUACUAAUGUUGGAUGGGUAGCAUGUAAUUCAUUUGAAGUUAUUGAUUAUCUUAAAUUCUUCUCAUCAGCAUAUAUGUUUACUAAUUCAGUGAAUCCUGUUUAAUGUGCAACUGCUUUAGCACAAUUAAGAAUUUUAAAUAGUGAGGUUGGAAGUAGAUUAAGAAAAAAAGUUUUGGAGAAUUAUCAUUAUAUGAAAAAAGAACUCAAUAGUAGAGGAUAUUAGAUAAUAGGAUAUCCAUCUCCUAUUCUACCUUUAUUGAUAGGGAAUGAAUUAGUUUGUAGAGUUGUUACUAGAUUAAUGAUUGAUGAAGGUAUUCAUUGCAAUGGAAUUGAAUAUCCUAUUGUAAGAAUGGGACAAGCUAGAUUGAGAGUCAAUUUAUAACCAUAACAUACAAAAGAGUAUGAUUUAAUAUAAUAAAAUAUUAGACAUAUGGAUACUUUUAUUGAAACUUUCCAUUUUUGUUAUUAGAAAGCAAGUAAGAUAGUUGAAGAAUCAUUGGAAAAGUAUCAAUUAUCUUUAGAAUAAUAAGAAUAGUAAUAAUAAGCAUAAAGCAAAGUUAAUUUUAAUGAUAAUAGAAUGGAAUUAAAAAAACCAAAGUUAUGA